UGCGCAGGCGCGGUGCGGGUGCCCGGGGGGUGGCUGGCGGCCCUGCGGAGACAUGGCGGGUGUUGGCACGGUGUCGCGGCUGCUUCGCUCGCGGCGUCUGGCGCUGUCCGGGGCGCAGUGGCCCGCAGGAUUCCAGACCCCGGCCCGUGGCUUCCAAUUCACUGUCAGCGGCAGCAAGAAGGCAUCUGCCAAAGUGUCAGAUGCGAUCUCUACUCAGUACCCAGUAGUGGAUCAUGAAUUUGACGCACUGGUGGUCGGCGCUGGCGGGGCCGGCUUGCGAGCCGCGUUUGGCCUUUCUGAAGCCGGGUUUAACACCGCGUGCCUCACGAAGCUCUUCCCCACCCGGUCCCACACUGUUGCAGCACAGGGAGGCAUCAAUGCUGCUCUGGGGAACAUGGAAGAGGACAACUGGAGGUGGCAUUUCUACGACACCGUGAAGGGCUCCGACUGGCUGGGGGACCAGGAUGCCAUCCAUUACAUGACAGAGCAAGCGCCUGCAUCUGUGGUCGAGCUAGAAAAUUACGGCAUGCCAUUUAGCAGAACAGAAGAUGGGAAGAUUUAUCAGCGUGCAUUUGGUGGACAGAGCCUGAAGUUCGGGAAAGGCGGCCAGGCCCACCGGUGCUGCUGUGUGGCUGAUCGAACGGGCCACUCGCUCUUGCACACCCUGUAUGGACGGUCUCUGCGAUACGACACCAGCUAUUUCGUGGAGUAUUUCGCCCUGGAUCUGCUGAUGGAAAACGGGGAGUGCCGCGGCGUCAUCGCGCUGUGCAUAGAGGACGGGUCCAUACACCGCAUACGAGCCAAGAACACUGUUAUUGCUACCGGAGGCUACGGGCGGACCUAUUUCAGCUGCACAUCUGCCCACACCAGCACGGGAGACGGCACAGCCAUGAUUACCAGGGCUGGCCUACCUUGCCAGGACUUAGAGUUCGUCCAGUUCCAUCCCACAGGCAUCUACGGAGCCGGCUGUCUCAUCACGGAGGGCUGCCGUGGAGAGGGCGGCAUCCUCAUCAACAGCCAGGGUGAGCGCUUCAUGGAGAGAUACGCCCCUGUCGCCAAGGACCUGGCGUCCAGAGAUGUUGUCUCUCGGUCCAUGACGCUGGAGAUUCGUGAAGGAAGAGGCUGCGGCCCGGAGAAAGAUCACGUCUACCUGCAGCUGCACCACCUGCCCCCCGAGCAGCUGGCCAUGCGCCUGCCUGGCAUCUCCGAGACGGCCAUGAUCUUCGCCGGCGUGGACGUCACCAAGGAGCCCAUCCCUGUCCUUCCCACGGUGCACUACAACAUGGGCGGGAUUCCCACCAACUACAAGGGGCAGGUGCUGAAGCACGUGAACGGCCAGGAUCAGGUUGUGCCGGGCCUGUACGCCUGCGGGGAGGCCGCCUGUGCCUCAGUGCACGGGGCCAACCGACUGGGAGCCAAUUCCCUGCUGGACCUCGUGGUCUUUGGCCGAGCCUGCGCCCUGAGCAUCGCAGAGUCUUGCAGGCCUGGAGAUAAAGUUCCUUCAAUUAAGCCAAAUGCCGGGGAGGAAUCGGUCAUGAAUCUCGACAAGUUGAGAUUUGCCGACGGGAGCAUAAGGACAUCAGAACUGCGCCUCAGCAUGCAGAAGUCGAUGCAGAGCCAUGCUGCAGUAUUCCGUUUGGGAAGCGUAUUACAGGAAGGCUGUGAGAAAAUCAGCCAGCUCUAUGGAGACCUGAAACACCUGAAGACAUUCGACCGAGGCAUGGUCUGGAACACGGACCUGGUGGAGACCCUGGAGCUGCAGAACCUGAUGCUGUGCGCCCUGCAGACCAUCUAUGGUGCUGAGGCCCGCAAGGAGUCACGGGGGGCUCACGCCCGGGAAGACUUCAAAGUGCGGAUUGAUGAGUACGAUUACUCCAAGCCCAUCCAGGGACAGCAGCAGAGGCCAUUCAAGGAGCACUGGAGGAAGCACACGCUCUCAUACGUGGACACGAAGACUGGGAAGGUCACUCUGGACUAUAGGCCCGUCAUCGACAAGACCCUGAAUGAAGCUGACUGCGCUACAGUGCCCCCCGCCAUCCGCUCCUAUUGAUGAACCCCGCCCUCCCAGAAACGGCUUCUGCAGUCACUUCACAGCCCACCAGGUGUUUCUGUUACGUCUGUCGUGUUAAAAUCUUGUGUUCUAGCUGGGCAUGGCGGCGCACGCCUUCAGUCCUAGCACUCAGGAGGCAGAGAGAGGUAGAAUCCCUGUGAGUUUGAGACCACCCUGAGACUCCAUAGUGAAUUCCAGGUCAGCAUGGGCUAGAGCGAGACCCUACCUUGAAAAACCAAAAAUGAAAAAGGAAGAAGAAAAAGGAAUCUUGAACAAGGAGUCACCUCGUAGGUGGUCGUCCAGCAGCCUCCACUUCUCAGCGUGAGGGACACCCACACCCGCCUUUGUCCCUUCUUCCUCGGGCAGUAAGAGAAACAAAUACAGUUCUUAAAUAUGAAUGAACAACCUUUGACUUCUAAAUAAAACCUAGUAGUGUUUGACGUGAAA